CGUUCCAGCUGAUGUUCUUGGAGACAUACACAAGAGAGAAGACUGCACGGUCCUUCUGCAGCAUUACAAAAAUGAUGGCUUUCUUAGGGUUUUUAAGGGCAGUCUUUGUGGAAGUGUUUAAGCCUUCUCCUCCGCUCUGGUGAUUUUCUUUUGGUUUCUGUUACUUUUCCGAUGUGGGUCAUGAUUUUUCUGAUCUGGGUUUGACUAUUUCGCCAUUUUUGAGAGCUCGAAUAGGAAGCUUUGGAUUAGUGUAAUGAAGAAGGAAAGCAGGGGAAAUCUCAGAUAAAGAGACCAAAAAAACAAAGAAAAGCUAACAUUUUUGCCUGUGAUUGUCAAUGAGAGCGACACUGUAGUGUAGUGUACACAAGGGUUUUCUAUAAUGCCGAUAUACCAGCCGUCUACUUGGAAAGCAGGGGAUCCCAAGCUUGUAGUAGCUUGCGGAGCGCAGAUUCUAGAUCUGGAAACUGUCGUCAAAGAUGGGAUUCUCGGCGGAGGCGGCGGUGGCGGUGGCGGUGGCGGUGGGGAGAAGUUAGAUCUGAAGAAGAUGAUUGUGGAGCUGGAAUCGUCGAUAGAGGUCCCAUCGGUGUUCAUUUGCCCAAUUUCUCUCGAGCCGAUGCAAGACCCGGUGACACUCUGUUCUGGGCAGACCUACGAGCGGUGCAACAUUCAGAAAUGGUUCUCUUUAGGCCAUUUGACUUGCCCCACAACAAUGCAAGAGCUUUGGGACGAUUCCCUUACACCCAAUCGGACCCUUCACCAGUUGAUUCACACCUGGUUUUCGCAGAAGUUCUUAGCGUUCAAGAAGAAAUCAGAGGACGUUCAGGGGAGAGUAACAGAGCUUUUGGAUUCAUUGAAGAAGGUCAAGGGUCAAGCUAGAGUUCAGUCCCUGAAAGAUCUCCGACAUGUUGUCGCCGCCCAUUCCUCCGCCAAAAAGAUGGUGGUCGACAACGGCGGCGUCGCUGUAAUCUCUUCUCUUUUGGGUUCUUUCACUUCCCACGCAGUUGGGUCGGAAGCCGUGGGGAUUCUCGUAAAUUUGGAUCUCGAUUCGGAGUUAAAGAACAAUUUGAUUCAACCCACAAGAAGAUCACUAAUUGCAGAUAUUUUAAACGAAGGCUCCAUCGAAACCAAGAUCAAUUGCACGAAAUUCAUCAAGAAAAUAAUGGACGGUGACGAUUCAAGAACAGAGAGCGUUUCAAGUUUGAGUUUACUCGUGGGAUUGUUGAGAAUGGUAAAGGAUCAAAAACACCCAAAUGGAGUAACCGCCGGACUUAGUUUACUCCGAUCGUUCUGUUCAAACGAAUCCAUAAAAAAGCAACUGGUAAGCAUCGGCGCCGUCGCGAAACUCGGCGGUGCUCUGUCCAGUUUCAACGGUGAUGGGUUGGAAUCAGCGCUUUACAUUCUCGACGGUUUGUCGUGUCUUCCAGAGGGGAGAUUAGCGUUGAAAGAUUGUGAAGAAACGAUUAAGAUGUUGGUGAAAUUAUUGAUGAAAGUAUCUGAGAUUUGUACUGAAUUUGCGUUGUCAAUUUUAUGGGCGGUUUUCAAGGUGGCGCCGGAGGAAUGCGCGGUGGUUGCGGUGGAUGCAGGAUUGGCGGCCAAGUUGCUGCUAGUGAUACAAAGUGGGUGCAAUAAAGAGGUAAAACAGAGAUCAUCAGAGCUAUUGAAAUUGUGUAGUCUAAAUUACCCGGAUUCCAUCUUCAUUUCAAAGUGUAAGCUUACAACAACUAUACAAUAAAAGAUCGCUUUUUU